UCUCUCUCUUUCUCUCUCUACUGUCAGCCUCAGCAGUCUCCACGCCACAGCUAGACACUGGUGCAGCGUCGAUCCAUACAUACAUACAUGCACGUGUGUGUGUGUGAACGGUCACUAUUUAAGUGUGUGUAAGCGUGCGAGCUGAUCUGGAAGAGAAUGUGUGUGAGCCUUUCUGGAGCAUCUUUUGUAUGGAGGAGCAUGUGUGUAGAGUGAGAGACAGCGUGAGGAUGCGUGGUGGGCAGGUGUUGUGAUCGGUGGAGUUUUCAGUGUACUAUCAUCGUGCUGUCUGCCUCCCCCUCCCUCCCAUUUGGUUAUCUUUUUGGGAAAAAAAACAUCCUGCUGGGAUGUCCACCUCGCCUGCUGCAACAGACGGGAGCCAAAGGAACUCUUUGGAGCAAGACGCGGAGCAUGCACAGAGAGUCUCUGGGGCAGACCAAGGAGGGGCCACAGCCCCCCAGGUCAAGCUGAAAGAGAGACAGAAGUUCUUUGAGGAGGCCUUUCAGCAAGACAUGGAGCAAUACCUGUCCACUGGCUAUCUGCAGAUUGCUGAGAGGAGAGGUGAGAAAGAGGAGUGGCGAGAGCCAAUAGGAAGCAUGUCAUCCAUGGAGGUGAACGUGGACAUGCUGGAGCAGAUGGAUCUGAUGGACAUGUCUGACCACGAAGCCCUGGAUGUGUUUCUGCACUCUGGGGGAGAGGACAACAGUACUGCCUCGCCUGUCGCAGGUCCAGAUGUUGAGUCCUUCACCACAGAGAUCAGCCUCCAGGUUCCUACCCAGGCUGAGCUACGCCACAAGCUUUCUUCCCUUUCAUCCACCUGCACCGACUCAGCCAGCCAGGACACAGAGGCCGGGGAGGAGGACGAGGACGAGGAGGAGGACGAGGAGACUGAGCAAGGAGAAGGUGGAGGUGUUGGAGGAAGGAGGAGAAGGGCCCCCGUGGUGGUGACCCUGGACGAAGAGGAAGUGCACCCAGAUACAGCGUUGGUGGACGGGGUGGACCAAGAGGACCAGACCAGCAAAGACAGUGAGGCGAGCAGGCCGAAGGUUUGAGGACACAUGGACUGAAUUUAAACACACGCACACACACACAGCUGUAAAAUCAAACUUUGAUUAUUAACAAUAUUGGCUUCCAUCUCAAAUUUUCAUACUGAAGAAAAACAUGUAAAAGAAACGACACUGAGGUUGCACUAACUGCCACAUGACCUUGCCUUAAAACCACUGAUGUGAGUAUUCAAUUCUAAUUGAAUUCUAUAAAAUAGGUCAGAGUUCCUUUUAGCAUCAUAGCAUUGAAUGGCUUAAUGUGCACAUAAAUAGUUUGAAAUUAUUCAGAGGAAGCUCUAAUAUUCUGUUUUUGUGUUUGUGCAUGUUGAGACCAGGAGAGGCCUGUUACUAACAAGUGAUGGGGAAGUACCAGUAUAUACUAAAAUAAUCCAUGUGUCCAUUUUGCGGUUCUUUGUUUUCAUGUUUUCAUGCUAACACUUACAUAUUCAUUAAACUGCAGCUGUUGAGCAUUACUACAAUAUAUUUGUUGGAGACUGGUGAAACUUUUGCAGAAUAUGAAUAUAUGAUGGUGUUUCGUACCAAAUACUUACCAAACAUAAAAGGCUAUCUCCUGCUCUGUCAGGUUUAAGGCAUUUUCAUUUUAAAACUAUAAUUUAAUUUAUACACAAAAAAAGGAACCAAAAAAGCAAGGCAAGCUCUCACCUUUGACAUUUCUUUUGAGACAAUUCUGUAGUUGAGAUGUGAGUAUAGGAUUUAUCUUGUUAAUAACAUGUAAAGUUCCCGGGAGAGAAGAGCAGGAAAAACAUGGCACAAUGUUGUGUUGUUUGUGGCCAGGCCAUAUAAGUAAAACAUGUUUUUAAAGAGAAAAA